AUGACUCUGCAGUGGAUCUGGACGGGUGUGUUGAGGAAUAACUGUGUGGACUGUCUGUACCGUACUAACACCGCCCAGUUCAUAGUGGGGCAGUGUGCUCUUGCCUAUCAGCUCUACUCUCUGGGCAUGAUUGACAAGCCAAGGUUGCAGUUCGACACGGACUGUGUCAGGCUUUUUGAGAAGCUGUAUGGGGACCAUGGGGGCACUCUGUCUCUGCAGUACAGGGGCUCCCAGCUGGGCCACAGGGUCAAGACCUACCGCAAGAUAGCCCCCUGGACACAGCACUCCAAAGACAUCAUGCAGACCCUGUCCCGCUACGACAGCAAUGGUUUCUCAGUUUCAGACCGGCAGGAUGCCAUCGACCAGUUUCUGCAGGUAUACCAGUCAUUAAAGUCUAAGCCUCACCUCUGGGAGCUGCCCACUGACUUCUACCUGCACCAGAGGAACUCUAUGGCAGUGUUUCCCGACCCUGGUCCUCGAGUACCCCCAACAGGACACAGUUUAGUUGACAAACUAGUCCUUGACAAACACACAUCAUUCAACUCAUUGAGGGCUUGA